AUGUCUGCUGAACACCCUAUUGAGAAGGACAUGGCUCCUGAGCUUGAGAACGGCAGCAACGGCAGUGCUCCCUUAACCCACGAGUUGACCGCUGAGGAGACCGCCAGAGCUGCUGCGCGUUUUGGCUAUGGACCCAUGGCUCACGUCAACACCAAGGAGGCCAACCUGCGCCCCUUCGGAGGUGAAUUCCAGCCUGGUUUGUACAAGUCGGUCGAGCAGCGCAAGUUCGCCAACCCGGCUCCUCUGGGUCUCUGCGCUUUCGCCCUCACUACUUUCCUCCUGAGUUUGAUCAACAUGGGAACCCGUGGUAUCUCUGCGAACAACAUUGUCGUUGGUUUGGCUUUCGGAUAUGGUGGUCUCGUUCAGUUGCUUGCUGGCAUGUGGGAAAUGGCUGUCGGAAACACCUUCGGUGCCACUGCUCUGUCCUCCUACGGAGGUUUCUGGAUCUCUUUCGCCAUUGUCUUGACCCCCGGUGGGUUCGAGAUCGAGUCGUCGAUUGAAUCCGCCGGUGGCGCCACCAUGUUUUACAACUCGAUGGGACUGUACCUGCUGGGCUGGUUCAUCUUUACCACCAUCCUGCUGUUCUGCACUCUGAGAUCCACUGUCGCCUUCUUCUGCCUCUUCCUGUUCCUGGACCUGACCUUCUUGCUGCUUGGUGUUGGUUACCUGCAGCGGAACUCUGCUGGCGAGCCCAACACCCCCGUCAUCAAGGCGGGUGGUUUCUUCGGUCUCCUGGCUGCAUUUGCCGCUUGGUACAACGCCUUGGCCGGUAUUGCCGACAGCAGCAACAGCUUCUUCAUCAUCCCUGUUGCUCACUUCCCCUGGUCUCCCACUGCUCGUAGCCGUGCUAAGACCCCCCGUGAGACUGUCUAA